AUCGACUUUUUGUGGCGCUUGCUGGCCCAUUGCACAUCGAUACGCCCAGAAUCAAUCACAUUUGUGCAAACACAUCGCUGUGCCACGCAUCGCUGCAAGCAACCGCUGGAAAAAACAAGAGAUGGCUAGCUUCGCCUCCCCACUGCAGCCUUUAAGCAACGGCGCCACAAGCAUCGCUGCCGACGAGGAGCUCUUGUACACGCUAGAAGACGUGCGCAUCACAGCGGCGCCGCAGGAGGGCGACAGCACGCCCUGGGGCGCGGGCCGGCUGCGCGUGACGAGCCGGCGCGUGCUCUGGGAGCAGCCCGCCCACGGGUUUGAGCUCUUGGCGAAGCGCGUGGGCCUGCACGCCGUGACGCGCGACGCACAGACCUUCCCCGAACCUUGCCUCUACGUGCAGCUCCUGCUGAGCGACGCCGCGGCCGACGACGCCGUCUCGGAGCUGUUCCUGGUGCCGCCCGACGCCGCGGCCCUCGAACCGCUCUUCGACGCGCUCUCGCGGACGGCGGAGCUGAACCCCGACUCUGACGACGAGUCCGAUGAGUCGGACGGCGGCAUGCUCGGUAUUGCUGGUGAGGACGACGAGCCGGACGCGGAGGCGAUGCUGCGGCGCUUCGACGCCAUGCUCGCGGACGCUCCGGCGCCUGCACUUCCCGGCUUCGCACGGGUCGAGGGGCAGUUCGACGACGCGGCCGACGACGAUGGCGGGGGGUUCGACGACCUGUGAGUAGUUUCUUUUUCGUUUUUUUCCUCGACCGCUGUGCAUCGACGGCGUACGGGGGGG